AUGGCGAUGAAGGCUAUUGCCCUGAGCGUGCUGCUGUUUGCGGGCUGUGCCGCUGCUAGGUCCCUCAAGGCCGACGACGUCGACCUGAACGCGCAGACCGGCCCCAUCUCCAUCACAGGCGACGAUGGCUUCUCCCUGCAGAUCAGCGCGGCCCCCAAGGCCGAGCUGGAGGGCAACAUCGGCCCCAUCACCUACAAGCGCCCCCUGUCCUCCCCCCUCGUCGUCACGUACAAGUCCGGCCUGACCAUUGAGCCGGCCACCACCACCAGCUCCGGCAAGAUUGAGUACGCCGGCACGACCAUCUUCGUCAACGGCAAGCCCAAGGUUGUUCCCGUGCCCGGCAUCUCCAUCCGCGGCGCUGUGCCCGCCCCCACUGGCGCGGCGAUCCUUGCCCCCCUUGGCCCCAAGGCCGCCGCUCCCAAGGCCGCCGCCCCCAAGGCUGCCGCCCCCAAGGCCGCCCCUAAGGCCGCCGCCCCCGCCGCCGAGGCCAAGGCUGCGGAGGAGGCCGAGGUCAAGGAGGAGAGCUCUGACGGGCCGGUUGAGGUGCCCGAGUUCCAGGCCGCCAACACCGACAUCACCCUCGACUAG